AUGGAGCAUCGAACCCGAAGGGAAUGCAAGUUCCACGAGGUAGAAUGCAAGCUGCCAAACAUUCGAUCGAGUCCUGCAUCCGAUCACCGACCCACAGAAGCUCAAGACAUACUCUCAUACCUAGGACCUUGGAACCCGUUGGGGGAGAAGGUCAGCGGGAAAGAUACUGUCUGGCUUCUCGACAAUACGGCAUACCGCAACGCGAAGACUGGAAAAUGGGAGGCAGAGUUCGUCGCCGCUGUGUUUGAUCAGGAUACAGGUGUCGAGGUUAGCACAGUAGUUGCAAAUGUGGCGGAGAAGGUUGGUCUGGGAAAAGGUGAUCGCGCCGAAGCAACCAUACAAGAACGGCUGAUGCCUUUCAUGCAAACCAUUCUCCCGGGUCGUGUGGUGGCAGUUGAUUUUGAAGAUCAAGACAAGCUCAAGUUGGGCCCAGGAGGCAGAAAUGGAAUCAGCAGCGAUAUCAGGAGCGUGCCGGAACACAAGGAUGGUGAAAUCGUGGAGAGUACUGCUUUGGUGCCACAAGGCGCUAAUGGAGUUUUGAAUAUGAGCACAGCUUAUGCAGAACCUGAGGGGUGGGGUGUCAUCUCUGACAUUGACGAUUCCAUCAAAAUCACACAGACAAGCGACCCUAUUGGCAUACUCAAAUCGACGUUUGUCUCUACUCCCACGCCCAUCACUGGCAUGCCGGAGCUGUACACAUUCAUACAGCGACUGAUCAAACCAACUUCUCCAUUUUUCUACCUCUCUGCCUCGCCCUACAACCUCUACUCCUUCCUCAAGGAUUUUCGAAACAACUUUUAUCCUCCAGGAACCAUCAUACUUCGAGACGCAAGCUGGAUGAAUCUGUCUGGUCUUCUAUCAAAUCUGACUCUUGGCACCCAAGACUAUAAAGUCGACCGCAUGACGAAAAUCAAUUCAUGGCUACCACGCCGAAAGAUGAUUUGUGUGGGUGAUUCGACGCAGUCUGAUCCCGAGGCUUAUGGCGAAAUAUACCGAAAACAUGCAGGGUGGAUCAAACUGAUCCUGAUCCGCAAAGUCACGGACAUAGCAGCAAUUGGUAUUUCUGAGAAGAACGAACCGAAGAGAUUCCAGAAGGCUUUUGAAGGGGUCCCAUCGACCCUCUGGCACGUAUUUGAAACUCCGGAGGAGUGUUACCAGCUUGUGAAGGACGCUGUGGCGAGGGGCUGA